AUGAAAGAACUGUUCCGUAACAGCAAUGCAGACGGUUCUCUUGCUAUGGAUGCCGCUAAUUGCAUGAAUGACACACAAGAUGAUGAAGACAAUGACUUGAAUGAUGACAUAUGCAAUGACUUUUCAAAUUAUGCUCAACCUCAAGAUGAUCUAGGUGAUGAUUCUGACACUUUGCCUUCUCCUACAAAUGAGCAAACUAGCUUUUUAUCCCAAACUGGCGAUGGUAGUUCAUCUAGCUCUGGAAUGAAGCGUCCUAGAGCUGAGGGUAAACCAGUCAAGAGAGAUGUGAGACCGAAAAGUCGGUUGUCAAAAAUAGAGGAUACGAUUGCAACUACUUUGGUGACCCUUCAACGAGAACUCAAGAAGCCGGCACCGGCUCCACCACAUAUGCCUAAUUCUGAUGCUAUCUUGUGGCAAAGGCUUGAAAAUAUGACAUUAACUACCGAUCAAAAGCUUAUGGUGGGAACUUUUCUAGCACAUAAGUAUCAAAAGGGUAUGCGUGGUUUUCUAUCCGGUUCAGCUGAGAUGAGCUUUGCAUCUAUGGUGAGCUUGCAAGAAACAUCAUCUUUGGCACUUGUGUCUAUUACCUAUUGGAUUCUUACUCUUACCUGCUACAUUGCAAUACAUUCUGCUGCAUUCUAG